ACUCAUGGCGACACUUACUCUCGCCGGGUACUUCCGGGCAUGUGCACAGCUGUCCACCCCGAGAUGUAAACAAACUACAGCCUUGUCGUUUUCUAUCAGCAGCCUCCUGUUAACCGCUGUGACUGUGAGAUAGUCUGAGGUUUAACAUUUACGCCCUUAGCAGCAUGCUAAGGUGAGCUCACCGCGAGCAGCCUGACGUCGUGGCGGGCUCACAGGUGAGCAGACAUGGGCUCCGUCCGCUGGGCUUUCCGCUGCGGGUCGUGGUCACCGAGCAGGUCUGACUGGCUGCUCGCUGCUCGCUGCGUUCAGCCGGAGGAGAGAGACAGGAUCGGACAGUUUGUGUUCGCCAAAGAUGCCAAGUCAGCCAUGGCUGGCAGGUUGUUGCUGAGGAGAUUUGUGUGUGAGAAGAUGGGCAUCCCCUGGUCAGAGAUCAGACUGGAGCGAUCACCCAGAGGGAAACCUUACCUGGCAGCACCGCUCAAGGUCAGAUCAGACUUUGACCCUGAGCCCCCAGCCUGGAGUUUCAACCUCUCCCACCAAGGGGACUAUGCCGUACUCGCUGCAGAGCAGGGGCUACAGGUCGGAGUGGAUAUAAUGAAGACGGAGAUGCCAGGUAGCAGCACUGUGCCGGGGUUUUUCCGCAUCAUGACUCGUCAGUUCACAGCGUAUGAGUGGAGCGUCAUCCAAUCAGCCGGCCCGGAGCACCAGCAGCUCGCCACGUUCUACCGCCACUGGUCCCUGAAGGAGAGCUUCAUCAAAGCUAUCGGCACAGGUCUGGGCUUCAACCUGCAGAGGGUGGAGUUUCACCUGUCCUCUGAGCCACUCACACAGGGCCGGACGCUGCGCCUGACCAAGAUGCAUCUAGAUGAGGAAGAAGAAGAGGACUGGAUGUUUGAAGAGAGCUUGCUGGAUGCUGACCACCAUGUUGCUGUAGCACUCGGACCAGCAGUCAAACCAGGCUCUGCAAAUUUCCGUCCAUCCCUUCUUCCUCCCACCACAUUCACACUGCUGUCGUUCAGUGACCUCAUCGCCUCCGCCUCACCUCUGACAGAGGAAGACCCUGCCUACUGGGACAGCUUCAAAGUGAAGGCUGAAGCCCCACCGAGACAGAGAAACACACGCAUCUAAAUAACAACACAUACACCUUUUCAGGAGGAUGCCAAGAAAAGAAACACACAAACGGGCCACACAAAUACUGCAAAGUACAUCCAAACAUUUAAUGAUCAACAGAUUGAUUUAUUGACUUCUUAUCACCGUGUGCUGCAGAUUAUGGUGUAAGAUUCUGCUCUGUGUUCCCAUGUGGAUCAUGGUUACACGAAGUGCAGAUGUUUUUGCACACAAGUCAUUUUUGAUCUUUUUUUUUCUCUAUUCCAGUUUUCCAACAGUUAUUGUGUUUAAUGCAAAGCAGCACAUACAGUAUUUGACAAUCUUUGUUUUUGAUCUUUUCAGCCGUGCUCUUAUGAUUAUUUAUCAAUAUGCAGAGGUAUUUGAGACGGUUUAGAUAUUGUGCUAUC